AUGAAACGUAGUCAGCCCAGCAAAGAAGACUUGUUAAAGGAAGAAUAUGUGACCACUUUGACUUACUUCUUGCGCGAUAGUAGUGUUUAUGAUUGUUUAUCGAUAAACAAUCAGGUUUCUGUUGUUGAUAUGACAUUGUCUCUUUUUGAUACUUUCAAGAUAUUUAUUGACUCCCAUGUUGACGAGGUUUUGUUUUGGAAUCAGGAGAUAGCUAACUACGACGGAGUGUUUACCUAGACAGAUCUCAUCAAGUCAGUUUUGAAAUGCUAUUACAAUGUUCUGUAUGAUAUUCCGAAUAUUUGGACGACUAAUAAUAUAGCAGCCAUUAUUGAAAUGGAGAAUGAAGACGAGUCUUAUUCGCCAAUCAAGAGAACCAUAUAUGGGAGAUUGACAAUCGAUUAAUUCAAUCAAUUAUUACAAGACUUCAAGAAUAUUUCCAUCAAGACUUGGUUUAACAGUGUUGGUGAGAAUCUGCAUUAGAAUUGUCUGAUAAAAGCAGAAUUGGAUGAAAAUUUGAACGAUGUGUGCCAAAAAUUUAUUACCGAAAACAUUACCAGAAUCAUUGUGAUAGAGAAGGAAUCGAAAAUGGUCUCUGGAAUCAUUCAACAGAAAGACAUCCUUAGUUUCCUCGUGAAGGGGUUUAGCUAGUAUUUUGCUUUGAAGAAGCACUAAAAUAAAACAACGAAUGUUCAUUAUGAAUAGCAUGAAUUGCAGAUGGAGUAUUUUAAGGAGGAAGUUACAAAAUUACAAUUCACUCUACCAGCAGAUAUACCUGUUUAUGAUCUAUUUUAUAAAUUAAUUUACAUUUACAAAAGGAAUACCAUAGCCAUUGUAGAUAAGAACAAUAAAUAUUUGGGGUUGAUUGAUAGACGAGAUUUCGUAUUUAUUUUGAAAUAUUAGAUGUUCGAUAUAUUAGCAUCUACAGCUGAGAAGUUUUUAUCACUGAUCAAAACCGAAGAUUCUAAAUAUUUGGCCUAUUACAUCAGAAACAAAUAGUAAUUCACCUUUAAUCAAACCAUUAAGCAAGUUGUCGAAAAUCUGUUAUUAUCCCCUCGAGGUAGUUUGGUGUGUUUGGAUAACGAAUAAAGAGUGGUCUCUAUUUUUUAAAUAUCUGACCUAUUCAAAAUAUUUGUUACGGACAAUAAGAAUUUAGAAUAUUCUGGAGAAUGA